AGAGUGUUCAAGACAGCCCAGAAAAUUGUCAGCCAGCCUCUUUCUGCCCUGGAUGACAUCUACAACUCCCACUGUCUCAAAAGCAAGGAAUAUUGUCAAGGGCAAUUCACACCCGUGCUACGGUAGUGUGUGUAUGGACAUGGCAUUUUUAAGCCCUGCGGUGGGCUGUUUGUGCAUUUUCUAUUGGCUCCACCUUCUCUUCUGCAGCAAGAGAUCAUUGGGCAGCAUGACCUCAAAGCAAUGGAUGCUGGCUGUCUGCUUCUCACUGGCCUCAGUUUUAGGGACGGCUGAAUCGGUCACAACAGAAACUCAGAAAUACACUUGUAGGACAUUAGGCAGUGGAGUCAUCCAGCCUUUCAAUGGUUCAAGUUUCUAUUUGAGAUCCAACUGCUCUUUCACCCUCACCCGGUUCACCCACAAUCGGGUUGAAUGUGACAUCACCAUACAGCGAGGUGACAGCGGGCUACUGGUCAAAGUUGAGAUAAUCAUCAACAAAAUCAGAGUAGUGUUGCAGAAUGGAAGCAUCCUGGUGGAGGAGAAAAGCGUUUCCCUUCCAUAUGACCACACCUACCAGCAUAUUUUUCAUUAUGGCAUCUAUACUAAACUGAGGAGCUCAUUGCUUCCUCUGUCCAUUACCUGGCAUGACGUACCUGGAGGAAUAGACAGUGUGUGGGUGGAGCUGGAGCAAGAGCUGAGUGCUGACAUGACUGGACUGUGUGGCAUAUACAAUGUCUCAGGUAACAGGCAGCAGUUGAUUACAGAGAGCAUGAUUACAGAGGACAUGUGUCAAACCCGAGAUCCUGUCUUCACUGUGAAUCGGGUAUGUAGACGGUUCUUUUCCAACGCCUUGGAUUGUUUGCCAGCCAGAAUGUUUUAUCAUGCCCAGCUCUGUGAUGAGAACAUCUAUGGCUAUGAAACGAGCAAAUACAUUGGCUGUGCUUUCUUCAAA